AUGUGCUUCCUGUUUAGCGACAAGUACAAAUUCCGGACCUGGAGGCAGCUCUGGCUGUGGCUGGUGGAGGCUGAGCAGGCACUGGCUUUAUCUAUCACAGAUGAACAAAUCCAGGAGAUAAAAUCAAACCUGGACAACAUCGACUUCAAGAUGGCAGCUGAGGAGGAGAAGCAGGUACGACGACAUGAUGUGAUGGCCCACGUGCACACGUUUGCCCACUGCUGCCACAAAGCUGCUGGCAUUAUCCAUCUUGGCGCCACCUCCUGCUAUGUGGGAGACAAUACAUACUUGAUUAUUCUCAGAAAUGCAUUUGACCUGCUUUUGCCAAAGCUUGCCAGGGUGAUCUCUCGGCUUGCCGACUUUGCCAAGGAAAGAGCCGAUCUCCCCACCUUAGGUUUCACACAUUUCCAGCCUGCUCAGCUGACCACAGUUGGGAAACGUUGCUGUCUCUGGAUUCAGGAUCUGUGCAUGGAUCUCCGAAACCUGAAGCGUGUCUGGGAUGAACUGCGCUUCCGAGGCGUGAAGGGUACCACCGGCACCCAGGCCAGCUUCCUGCAGCUCUUCGAGGGAGAUGACCAAAAGGUAGAACAGCUUGACAAGAUGUGGUCUGAGCGCACACUCGAUGACAGUGCCAACCAGCGAAUCUGUUUGGUGGAGGUGUUUCUCACUGCAGAUACUGUACUGAAUACGUUGCAGAACAUUUCCGAAGGAUUGGUGGUAUACCACAAAGUAAUUGAGCGGCGCAUUCGGCAGGAGCUGCCUUUCAUGGCCACAGAGAACAUCAUUACGGCCAUGGUGAAAGCCGGGGGUAACCGCCAGGAUUGCCAUGAGAAAAUCAGAGUGCUCUCGCAGCAGGCAGCUGCCGUGGUCAAGCAGGAAGGGGGUGACAGCGACCUCAUCGAGCGCAUCCAGGCUGAUGGCUACUUCAGUCCAAUCCACUCCCAGUUGGACCAUUUGCUGGAUCCUUCUUUCACCGGCCGUGCAUCCCAGCAGGUACAGAGAUUCUUAGAAGAAGAGGUGUGUCCCCUGUUAAAACCAUAUGAAAGUGUGAUGAAGGUGAAGGCAGAAUUAUGUCUGUAG